CCGGCAGUAUUUCCGCGGGAUCACAGCAGUCGGUAUAUUUUCCUCCCAACAGUCUGUUCUACUCUAAGUGUUCGUGACUAGUUUUUGUGCAUCUCGUGUUUUUGAACAUAACAUUGAAUUUUAAAACUUUGUUGCGUGGUUUAUUAUUCUACUUACAAAGUGUUAAUUCUCACAAACCCAUUCUGAAUCGUGUGGUUGCAAUUAGCCUAAUUAUUACUUCAAGUCCUUCUUCAUAAUAAUAACACCACGAUCGCAAAAGUGUUUCAUUUUAUUCCAUAUAUGAAAAUUAAAAAAAAAGUGCAAUAAUUCAAUCAUUAAUUUAGCACCCUCUAAAAAUUGUAUGAAGCUCUCAUAGUUACUUAGAGACCACCAUUAGGAAUGUUUACACUCGCUUCAUCUUUUUCAUAUUAUGCAACUUCUAUUAUGAAUGAAUGCGAAUAAAAUUCAUAACCAUCCUAAGACAACAAUGGAAGAUAUCCUGACUGGCGGAAGUUCGAGUUUAGAAAAACUUACAAACCAUAACAUCGAAUCUAAACUAUACUACAAUGCUCUCCUUUAUUUAAAUUAUUCCAAAGACACUGAAGGCCAAAAUGAAUCUCCUUUAACAAGUCAAGAAAGCUAUCAUGUUGUGUUGAAAUUUAAAAAUCACACAACCAACGAAUACGAUCGAGAAAUACAACAUUUUGGAAACUAUUCCUGUGAUAGCAUAGACGAUGAUGACAGUGAUGACCUAUCAGGCUGGUCCAGUGGCUACUUCAAGUUUUGCGUAUAUCUGCUUUACAUAUCCAUUUUUAUAUUUGCACUUCUAGGCAACGGAACGGUUUGCUUCAUUGUGCAAUCAACGCCCAGAAUGCGGACUGUGACGAACUUUUUCAUUGCCAAUUUGGCUGUUGGUGACAUUCUUAUGUCAAUGUUUUGUGUACCCUUUUCGUUUGUUUCGAUAUUGAUUUUAAAUUACUGGCCAUUUGGAAUUGUCCUUUGUCAUUUAGUGAAUUAUUCGCAAGCAGUGUCUGUGUUAGUGAGUGCAUAUACUCUCGUAGCUAUAAGUAUUGAUCGAUAUAUAGCAAUCAUGUGGCCGCUGCGACCGCGGAUAACUAAAAGAUAUGCUAAAUGUAUAAUUGCUGCUGUGUGGCUGAUAGCUUUAAUGACUGCCUUCCCUAUUCCAAUUGUAUCUAAACUAGCUCAACCUGAUAUGUGGCAUGUGCAAUGUGAAAGAUACAUUUGUCAUGAAGAUUGGCCAUCGAGUGAUCAAAAUUUUUAUUACACAAUAGCGUUAUUAACAUUACAGUUUGUUAUACCUUUGAGUGUGCUAAUUUUCACAUACACAAGAAUAGCAAUAGCGGUUUGGGGAAAACGGCCACCAGGUGAAGCCGAGAAUUCAAGGGAUCAAAGAAUGGCAAGGUCGAAAAGAAAGAUGAUAAAAAUGAUGGUUACUGUUGUGAUAGUUUUUACAAUUUGCUGGCUUCCAUUCAAUAUAUUAGUGCUCCUUUUAAACGACGAAAGCUUCAUCGAAUGGACUCCACUUCCGUAUUUCUGGUUCGCAUUCCAUUGGCUAGCAAUGUCACAUAGCUGUUACAAUCCUAUAAUUUACUGCUAUAUGAAUGCAAGGUUUAGAGGUGGGUUUUUGCAGAUUAUUUAUAAGAUUCCUGGAUUACGAAGGUGCUGUUGCAUGAGAAGAUACCAACGGGGAUCGGAAAGAAGUUUCGAGGGACAUGGUGAUGAAUACACAUUUCAACUACAACGUGUAAAUACUUGUACUACAUACAUAAGCACAAGAAAGAAGAUUAGGAAUAAUUCUAUGCAAGCGAGCCAAUUUUCGUGUGCGGAAACAACAAUCCUGAGAUAGUGGUGGAACAGAAUGCUCAAAAUCAAACGGACAAAAAAUAAUUGCAUGUAAACGUUUAAACCAAUAACCCAAAAUAUCACAUAAAGCAUAAUGAAAGCUAAAGAAAAAAUAUAUUAUAAAACAAAAAAAGAGUCAAUGUUAGAUUAUUUAUAAGCAAAACCCAUUAUAAAAUUUAUAGUUAGAUAGAUGUAAAGUGUAUCUUUUUUAUGUUUAUCACAAUAAUAUGUUAAAACGUUUAAAUAAAUCGCGAAACCAAAUAAAUAUUUGGUACCUAUAACGAUCAUUGAAGUAACAUUAGAAAUAAAUGAUAUUCAUGGUAAGAGUA